CACUGCAGAGCAGAGACUCACUGGGAUCGCACGAAGGACGCGAAGCACGGGGCACGCGGGGGAAUUUCAUACUACGUCGUCGCCAGAACCCGUCCAAUUGUCACAGCCACCCUUGCAAGACGAACUGCGGCGGCUCCAGGAUCCUGCAGGCAAGAGGGUAAAAUCGCAAGAAGAACCAACCUGCCCAGAUUCAACUGCAUUUUAUUCAUCUUGUUUGGAGAUAACCGUGGCCGUUCUUCCAGAAUACCUACAGAAGAAAAGUUUCAACUGUCGCUCUGCUCCAUCUCUGCAAUAAAACAUAUACUACCUGUUGCUGCUAGUAACAACUGAGGAGAAGAGGGGGAGACUACACCUUGCGACACUUGGAUCUCUUAUAAACACGCUUUGUAGGGAGUUGGAUUUCGCAACCUUUAAUCUUUUGCACACCAAGUGUGUUAUUUGUCUAUGUCCAUUUUGGGAUAUUAGUGGUUUUACCAUAUCUAUAGUAUAUACGUUUUUAAAGUGCCUUACAACUGGUAUUAAUCCAGUAUUUGGGGGGUAUUCCAACGCCAGAGACUCCAAUCAGUGACUAUCAGAUAGACAGGCACAGGAUCUAUCUCUAUAUCCCGGUUUCACCAUGAGUCAAGGGGAUGUAUCAACUUGCUCUGCGCCUCAGAUCGUAUUCCAAGAGGCGGUGAAGCAAGGCAACACAAAGGAACUCCACUCGUUGCUCCAGAACAUGACAAACUGCGAAUUCAAUGUCAACUCCUUCGGGCCCGAAGGACAGACGGCGUUGCAUCAGUCAGUCAUCGAUGGGAAUCUCGAACUUGUAAAACUGCUGGUGAAAUUCGGAGCUGAUAUUCGAUUGGCGAACAGGGAAGGGUGGAGUGCCUUACACAUUGCCGCUUUUGGAGGACAUCAAGACAUAGUCCUAUACCUCAUCACUAAGGCAAAGUACUCCUCUGGCGCACGGUGAUGUGCUACACUGCUGUCAGGUAAACACACGGAAAGCCAGGCUCUUGUAAAUUAGCGUUUCGAUCUAUAGUUGUGCCAAAUUAUAGCCUACAAAACACAGUGACUUCCCUUUCAUUAAAACCAAACGGGGGUCUCUCUCACUCGUGAGUCAAACGCCACAUGGUUCUUGUAUCCGCUUCAGCAUAAAAAACGCCAUUUUGUUGGGUUGGUACUAAAGCUUUUUCCUUGAACGUGUAUAAUAGAUUGGGACGUAUAAAAUAACUAAACCAGUGUUUGGGUCCCGAGACCUGAUAUAGCAGCCUGGUUUUACGCAGCGAUAGACUUUCUAUAUUUUUUUUGUCACGGUUACAUUGAAACAGUUCUUUAUUGGGCUUCGUAUUGAGGUGUCGCCUUGUAACUGCGGUGGUCACACAGGACCCUUUUAAAAUAAUUGUAUAUACUAAAAGAUGGCACUUGUUGCUGUAGCUGCAUGCUGGAAUAUAUGAAAGGGAAGAAAAGGUGAACACGGGAAAUGAAGGCCAUACUAUAUUUGGCUAUUAUUUCUUUUUAAAUUAUAGGAUUUGAUCUAUUUCAAAGAGCAGCAUUAUUAGGCCUAUAUAUAUUACACCCAACCGGCAUUUCCAGAUGUGUAAUCAUUGUAACAACUAUUGACUUAAUGUUGUUAAGUACUUUACACAAUAGCUUUACUUUGUUUCUUUAUAAUAAAAAAAAGUAUCUAAAUGCGCCCUGCCUUCAAGCAGGCUGCUGGCAUGUAUCAAUGUCUUUUCAGGCCAGUGCGACCGCAGUGUCAAUGGUUAAUGUGAUAUAAACCGCUGCUUUCGCUUUGUAUCAAAACGUCAGGAAAGUGGCAUUUGGAAUUCACUUUAAUCUCCUUUCAGUAUUUUAACGAACAACACCCUGGUCAUCACUGUGAAUACAGGCUGGGUUCUAUUUAUGAAGGUACAUUGACCAGAUGCAUUUUGAAAAUUCUGUGGUUAUUCUUUUCAAAUCAAAUCUGUUACGUUUAAGAAUAUUUAGGGUGACUUAUAAAGCUGCUUCAGACUCUAUGCUUAUCAUAGUAUAAACUAUCCUGUUUGGAGACCCCGUGUUACAAUAAGCCCAAAUUUGACCUUGCUAAAGAGAGACUCUUCUUUGUCCCUCAUUAACUUCUUGUUUGGUUUUAUUUGCCAACUACCUCGACUGUAAAGUAUUCAAAACCAUUGGACUCCUGCUCACUCCAAUAUGGGGAGUCACACACAUCCUUUAGCACAGUGGAUCCCAACCAUUUUUGGUUACUGUACCUGAAGUACCCCCUCAGGUGCAUUUUACCAGUAGGCCUAUGGUCUGAUGAGUCUUCUCAAGUACCCCCUGUUGAUAGGCCACCCCCAGGGGUCCUAGUACCCCCCCUAGUUGGAAACCACUGAUCUAGCUAUCCCCAAGCCAAGCCUGCUCAUACCCACACAGACAUUUGAAGUAAUAGCUAUUUUAGCAGUAGGCCACAAGCCAAUGUUAUUUAACCCAGUGAUAUAGGCUAGGAGACAACUAUGGUGUUUCUUCUGCAAAGCAAUAAUUUCUAUUUCAUAUUAAUCAAGCCCGUUUCUUAUCUUCAUCUGGGAUUAAUUUAUUUCCCACACUACAACCAAACUUUAAUCUGACAAGCAAAGUGUUUUUUCUUUUUUGCCUUUCUGUGAAGGUAUGGUUGCAAACACACAUUGCCUUUUUUUGGUUUUAUACAUUAUAUAGUCGUUCUGUUUGAAGUUUCUAUUUAGUCACAAAAAUUGCAUUUUAUUGCCUGACUUAUAAAUGCAGGGAGUUUUAUUGCACAAAAUGCAGAGCCUUUUACGCCCCCUGGUGCCUGUCCGGGUAACUGCAGGAGUUAAGGCUUAGAAAUAGUUACUACUGAGCAGGAGUAAAACAUUUUAUUACUCAUGUUAUGAUGACUAACAUCUACAUGACUAUUGCAGGAUAUAUAUAUAAAACAAAUGGUUUAAACUGCCUGCUUCAGUUUGAAAGUCAUGGCACCCUAAUGUUUGUUUCAAUGCUGCUUGUAUGUUUUAUAUUAGAUUUUACUCAAUGGCCAACAGUAAGUGAAAGAAAAAUAUCUGAUAGCAUCUGUGUCUGUGUGUGUGUGUGUGUGUGUGUGUGUGUGUGUGUGUGUGUGUGUGUGUGUGUGUGUGUGUGUGUGUGUGUGUGUGUGUGUGUGUGUGUGUGUGUGUGUGUGUGUGUGUGUGUGUGUGUGUGUGUGUGUGUGUGUGUGUGUGUGUGUGUGUGUGUGUGUGUGUGCGUGCACAUAUGUGCAUGAAUGUGUGUGUGUGUGUCUGUGUGUGCUGCAUUCAUCUGACUGUUGUGUCCUGAGUGAGUUGAGCUGUGUUCCCCUCCCUGGCCUGUGUGUGGCCUGCUCCUCUCCUCGAGUGUGUGGCUUUAUGUUGCUACCUGGGGGUCUUCCCUCCCUACAGUAAGGAGAGACACCGGGGAUGAAGGACUGUCCUUCCAUGUACCUGGAAAAGCAAACUAAAUGGAUUAGAAAGAAACAUCAAGGAAUAGAUUGGUUUUAGUGGAACAAAAAAAUAUGCAUCGCUUGUCUUAAACUUGAUAUUUUUUAUAUAUAUAUAUUUUAAAUAUUGCACUGACUGUUGUUGAUUAAGUUGACUUUUUAUCAAGUCAAAUUGUAUUGUUUUUCCGAAUAGAAAAAAAAAGGAACACAACAAAAUACUAUUGUAUAAAAACAACUCCAGGUUGUAAUGUUUUGUGUGUUAACUUUGUGAAACAUUGUGUUAAGGCAAAGAUUGUUUGAAUCUUUGUGAUCGGGUAUGUGUUUAUAUACAGAACCAGCCAAACGUUUGGACUCAUUCAAGGGCAGGUAUAAAGAGAAACCCUGGAGUGAGUGGCUGGGUCCUGACUUUUGACUGGUACUGUUUAUAUAUAAUAUGCUUAAAUAUCUUGGAGCACUUUCUUUUCUGAAGUGCUGUCCUCCUCCUGUUGUUAUGAAAGGGGAAAAAUACAUUUGAUGGUAAGAUCAUUGUUACAAAAAUAAUUGCACAGCGUAUGGUUGUUCUACUCAAGUGUCAUAACAUUUAUGGCCCGAGAGAGGACGACUGGAUAGGUGUAAAUGAAUGAGAGAAAGUGCUGACGUUUAAAUAAAUAAAUUGGGCCGGGGCGUGUUCUGUUUUUGUUUGGCUUUUUUUCGAGUGAAACAAAAACGAAUGUCUUGAGUUUAAUGAGUGAUGCUGAAGUUCCAUCGUGUUUUGAUUUUGGGUUUUCUUGUUUUUGUUCUGUAUUUUGUUUUUGAACGUUUGUAACACUGUGAUCAUGAUGUGUGUUGAGAAAAUGAGUGCUGUAAUAUUUUUGUACGUUUGUGUACAAGCCAGUAAAAAAAAUCUUUAAACUC